CAGAUUUAAUGCUCGAAUUUCCGUGAGAGAAAUGAAUAUUUUCUGGAAAUGCAUCACAUGACUCGAAAACAACAAACAAAUGGUUGUCAAGGGCUAGCGCUUAUAAGAGCUAGGCCCUGUCCCCUCCCUUCUUCACCAAGCUUUUAUCCGACAAGUCAAUAUCCGACAUCAAUAAUCAAAGAUGGCACGUACUAAGCAAACCGCUCGCAAGUCUACCGGUGGCAAGGCCCCUCGCAAGCAGCUCGCUGCCAAGGCCGCCCGCAAGUCUGCACCCUCUACCGGUGGUGUCAAGAAGCCUCACCGAUACCGCCCUGGUACUGUCGCUCUUCGUGAGAUCCGUCGCUACCAGAAGUCGACUGAGCUCCUGAUCCGCAAAUUGCCGUACGUUGCUCUAGCUUGCUACGGCAUGCCCGUGCUGACGAGACGAUGCUACAGCUUCCAACGUCUCGUCCGAGAGAUUGCUCAGGACUUCAAGACCGAUCUGAGAUUCCAGUCAUCUGCCGUUCUGGCGCUGCAAGAGUCAUCCGAGGCUUACCUCGUCUCGCUGUUUGAAGACACUAAUCUGGCAGCCAUCCACGCCAAGCGAGUCACCAUCCAGCCCAAGGACAUCUCGCUCGCCCGCCGUCUCCGCGGAGAGCGUUCAUAAGCCUUGCAUUGUUGGUCGGCUAGUCGUGUUGCAUCCAUCUUGUGUAUCACUUUGUGCGCACCUCUGAAAUGCUUUGUCUGCAUGCAUUGCUACAGUCAUGCCCAAUCAACUUUUUGAUGACUACUGAUGCUCGUGAUCGCUAAUUGUGUGCCACGUCUGUUUGCAAUACUCGUCGUAGUCACGCGCUGACCCGGUUCAUCUCCUGCCAAUCCCCUUCUUAGACCUGCCACAGCCUCGCUCCUACUGAGCGGAGCUACCUCAUGCCAAGUGUCUGCCUCCGUCGAGAUGAUCCUGCUGCUGUCUCAAAAGACGCUUCGCUCAGUUGAUAGACUCCGGUAUCGGCAGAGCGGCAAGCAGCUCGCCGAUCGCACGAACGCCCCAACUCGAUGCAUGCUGCCAGCCCUCCACCUCGAGUCAUCGGCCGGCGCAUAGCACGCGGAUGCU